AAUUCGACCAUGAUAACAAGUUUAGAUAGCUGCCCGCUAGUGCUGAGCGAUUAACCUGAAUGUCGGUUCUUUUUUGUUUUUUAAACAACUAAUUGACCGACAUAGGUUCAAUUAUUCUAAUUUAAUUUACAUUUUAAAAAAUUCUGUGAGCUUAAUGCGCACAUUGCAGUUUCUCUAGAGAGAAAUCAGAUCCAGCCUGAACUGUGCGGUUUAGUAAGGAGUUGCAGUUUCCAACAUGGCCAAUAUUCUAUGUAGUUUAGGUCAUAAAACGUGGUCAUUAACUACAAUGACCAUAAUCCAUUGCGCAUCUACUUGUCCGGUCUGUGUCUGCUACGGAAGAGAUAGAUCUUGAGGAGAUAUAGUGAGCAGUUGUUGCUUCACGAGGUAUCUCUACCUGAAAAUACAUGAUCAAAGUGAUUGAUAGUUGGUAUUCAGCAGUCCUAAAAGUAUGCCUUAUUUACUUAGAAGAUUUUAUCAGACAGCAUAGGCAACAGUUCUAUAGAGAUGAUGACCUGGAAUUAAAUAAUAAAAUCAUCAAAUAACACAAAUAUAAUAUACACAACAACCUGAAAUAUUUUAGUAUUAUGAUGGUAAUGUGAUGGUUAAUAAGUGAUCAGCAGUAAUGGACAGUCACUACCAUCACGGGACUUGUAUUGUUUUAUUCUGUUGUUACAGCAUUCAACCCACAUAUUGCAUUUCAUGUUAGAAAAAUUACCAAAACCAGAAUAAAAAAACAUGAGAGUUUUUUCAUAAUCAAAUCAAAACCGAACCGACCUCAAAAAGCACUAAUCACUCAAACUAAUUUAGCAAUCAGAAAAAUGUUAUCUGACAUGGGCUUAUUGACUGACUAUCAGUGACUGACAUAACAAGAGAAAAACUGAUGAUUCACAGCCAUAUUUCGAAAUUGCAUCUUGUGCAUUCCACUAUUCUAACUCGCAACAGUAAAUUGAGACCCAGACUGAGUUACAAAUAAAAGGCCUUCCAUGUAGUAGACUGUCUAAAUUAGAGUCGGAGUGAGGUGGCCUUGCUCAUCAUAUUCUGUUUAGUUGAGUGGAUACGGGCGGCUGCAGUAAAUACUGUAGGUCUGUUUGGCUACACCUGGGUAUCCAGGUCAGAGAGAGAAGAGAAAGAGAGAGAGCGAGAGAAUAGAGAGAAAGGGACCGGGGGAGGGGGGAGAGAGUUGGAGAAUCCAAUAAUUUCAUCAGGUCAGUGAUUGUAUGUUAAUUCAUUGGCUAAAAUAGCAGUAUGAUAAUCCUGUAUAAUAAUCCGAUGCAUUAAUCCCGUUCUCUCCUGUUUUAAUCAGACAUAUUAAGUCUGUGAGUGACGGGCCAGCUAUCAGCUGAUGAGGCUAAUCAAUUCUAGGCACUCACACGCGCACACACACACGCAGCCCACAUACCCCCUCCCUUCCCUCACACACAGUCUAUUAUUCUGCAUCCUCCUGCUCCCUCCAUUCUCUCCUCCCUCUCCCCAUCCCCCACCCUCCCUGGGGUUGCUAAGGCCCUCCUCAUCCACUCUGGUAUCCAGGAUACGGAGACACACUCAGCCGCCUGAUUGGCUGCUCGCGGUAGGAAGGUAAAAAAAAAAGAAAGAAAGAAAAAAAAACUGCGAUCCAGGGAGUUGGAUGGAUGGUUGUGCUAGUGUAGCUUCAGGCAGACCCCAGCACCAUUUUAGCUUCAGAGUACACUUAAAAGGGAGCGCAAGAGAGGGAGGGAGAGAGAAAGAGAGAGGGAGAUAAAGGGAAAAGAGCUGCCAUGUUAGAGGAGCACAAAUAGCUGUGUGGACGUAACCCAGAUACGGGACGAGGAACGACAGAAGAGGACGGAGGACAAGAAGAACUAAAGGAGGUGGAGGGGAAAUGAGGAUUGUAUUAAGAAAGAUGCAGCAUUAUCUCUACCUCACAUCCUGACAAGACGAAGAAAUAGCGAAGACGGCGAGAGGAAGAGAGAAGAGGGAGAGAGAGAGAGGGAGAGAGAGGACGUGGAAAACAGGGAGGGAGAGAGAAGAGGGGAGUGCUCAGACACAGGCAGCAAGGCGUCGCAGUGAAGCAGAACGAGGGGAGCCUGGCGGAGAGAAGAGGAAGAGAGAGGCGGAGGACAGGCCGGCUGGCUAGUGAAGGAGGAGAAGAAGAGGAGGAAAGAGACGGACAGGGGGGGAGGGGUGAGGGCCCUGCCGGGGCCUACGUGAUGGCUCGCGGUGGUGGCGCUCACCGCGCCCGGCAGCGUUUGGGCUACCUCAACACAUUGCUGCGCUGCAACCUCCACCCAGAGACUCAGAAGGUGGUGGUUUUCAUGAUCAUGAUGCUGCUCGUCAUCAUCAACGUAGUGCUCAUGUUCCUCCUGGCCUUCUAGUAGAGAGACACACACGCCGACGUCACACACACACACACACACACACGCCGCGUAUCGUCGAUCAAGGAAGACAGAGAGGAGGAAGGAGGAGGAGAGAGGGAGGAUUCCCUGGUGGAGAGUUGGGGGUACAGCUGUGGAUGGGAGUCCAGGAUAAAAGGACGAGACCACAGCUGAUCAGUGAUGGCAGCUGUGUGUACGCCGAGGCCCUGUGGGACCAUGUCACCAUGGACGACCAGGAGCUUGGCUUCAAGGCGGGGGACGUCAUCGAGGUAGUGGAUGCCACCAACAAGGAGUGGUGGUGGGGACGCAUCCUGGACAGUGAGGGCUGGUUCCCAGCUAGCUUUGUUCGGUUGCGUGUGAACCAGGAUGAGCCCAUGGAGGAGUACCUAGCUCAGCUGGAGGAGGCUGGGGCUGGGGAAGUGGACCGGCCAGGGGUGGGUCUGAUCCUGGGACCAGGCCUGCCGUGUAAGGACCAGAUGAGGACUAACGUUAUCAAUGAGAUCAUGAGCACAGAGAGAGACUACAUCAAACACCUCAAAGACAUCUGUGAGGGUUACAUCAAGCAGUGCCGUAAGAGGAUAGACAUGUUCACAGAGGAGCAGCUGCGGUGUAUAUUCGGCAACAUCGAAGACAUCUACCGCUUCCAGAAGAAGUUACUGAAAGGUCUGGAGAAGAGGUUCAACAAGGAGCAGCCGCACCUCAGCGAGAUCGGAUCCUGCUUCCUCGAACACCAAACAGACUUCCAGAUCUACUCGGAGUACUGUAACAACCACCCCAACGCCUGUGUGCAGUUGUCCAGACUGAUGAAGACCAACAAGUACGUGUUCUUCUUCGAGGCCUGUCGUCUGCUGCAGAAGAUGAUUGACAUCUCGCUGGAUGGCUUCCUGCUCACGCCCGUUCAGAAGAUCUGCAAGUACCCUCUGCAGCUGGCCGAGCUACUGAAAUACACCAACCCUCAGCAUAGGGACUAUAAGGACGUGGAGGCUGCCUUGAACGCCAUGAAGAACGUGGCCAGGCUGAUCAACGAGAGGAAGCGGCGCCUGGAGAACAUCGACAAGAUCGCCCAAUGGCAGAGCUCCAUAGAGGACUGGGAGGGAGAAGACAUCCUCAGUAUGAGUUCAGAUCUGAUCUUCUCUGGAGAGCUGACGAAGAUCUCCCAGCCUCAGGCUAGGAGCCAGCAGCGCAUGUUCUUCCUCUUCGACCACCAGAUGGUCUACUGCAAAAAGGACCUCCUGCGCAGGGACAUGCUGUACUAUAAGGGUCGUAUGGACAUGGACCUGAUGGAGGUGGUGGAUGUGGAGGACGGGAAGGAGAAGGACUUCAAUGUGUCGGUGAAGAACGCUCUGAAGCUGCGCUCGCUGGCGGGGGACGAGGUCCACCUGCUGUGUGCCAAGAAGCCUGAGCAGAAACAACGCUGGCUCCGAGCCUUCCAGGAUGAGAGGACGCAGGUGCAGCACGACCUCGAAACAGGAUUCUCCAUCACUGAGGUCCAGAAGAAACAGGCCAUGCUGAACGCCUGCAAAAGCCAUCCAGCUGGGAAGCCCAAAGCGGUGACCCGGCCCUACUAUGACUUCCUGCUGCGUCAGAAGCACCCGUCUCUGCCCAGCACCGUACCCCAGCAGCAGGUUUUCAUGCUGGCUGAGCCCAAACGCAAGGCGACCACCUUUUGGCAAAACAUCGGCAGACUGACGCCUUUCAAGAAGUGAAACGUCGGAGAGGAGGAUUAGAGGAGAAAGGCUAACGCCUGAACUGACUUUUUUAUCCCCAAUCCUUUUUUUUCCUUCUCUCGUUUGUUCUUUGUUAUACAUAAUGUUAUCCUAAUUCAUAUACUGAUUAUUGUGAAAGAUCAACAUGAUGAUGAUGAUGAUGAUAUUUUUUCUUUGAGAAAGCACUUUAUAGGUUGGUUACAAUCAGACUUGGGAAUGGUUCUCCCGGACAUCGUGUAUACGUUGGGAGAAUGUUACUAGGACUAUUUUACCUGCUACUGCUACUACAACUUCAACCAAGCACCGAUUGGUACUAAUAUUACUACUGCUGUGUGAUCAUGUGACUGCCAAUGAGGCUCCUCUUUUUGGAAAGACGUUGACUGACGCAACUAAAUGAUUUUUUCCCCCAGUGUUUUUGUUUUGUUUCGACAAAUGCCAACUGUUCACAGUGCCAGAUCAAUUUUGCUUUUGUAUUUAAGUUUGUGCUGUGUCUGCUAUUGAAAAAAAGGUGAAAAAGGGGGAUAAAGUUUAUUGUACUUCUCUUUGUGCAAAGAUGUUUUCCUGGUUUAUUUUGAGCAUUUCAUAACAGUCGAUACUUAAGGGUUUGGGUGUGGUGGGGUCUUAAUGUUUGUGUAAACAAACAGUCUGAGAAAAACAAAUGGUACCCAGAUUUGAUUCUCAAUUCUUCACAAAUCUCCCAUUUGAGUUGCAGCAGCCCACAAACGCACACACACACCUGACCUUUGUCAUUAGCCUUACACUGUGCAUAUGAGUAAUUAACCCCUUUAUGGAAGUGCCAUCUGAAGUGUGUCCUGGAUGCUUUGAAGAGUAUGUUUUACCUUUUAUCAACCCCUGCAAUUACAUUCAUUUAGCAACAUUUUCAAAUUCAAGAUGUAUUCUCCUACUGUGGCAAAAUGAGGCUCGAUUGAAAAAAAAUAUUUAACCUUCAUUUAACUAGGCACAGUUAAGAAAAAUAUAUAUUUACAAUGAUGGCCUACACCGGCCAAACCCGGACGACGCUUGGCCUAUUGUGCACUGCCCCAUGGGACUCCCAAUCACGGCCGGUUGUGAUACAGCCUUCUACCGCUGAGAUGCAGUGUCUUAGACCGCGGCGCCAGUCGGGAGCUUGAUUGAAAUGGUACAACUGCACUUUCGUCCCCCUGGUAAGUGCAAUGCCACAAUACCACAUGAUUUCAUAUAAUCAGGACAUUUAACAGACUUUGAAUAUUGAAAGUAGAAUGUUAGAUUUUUCUAGCCUGGUCCCAUAUCUGUUGUGCUUUUGGCAACAUUGCUGUCAUGACAAUUCCACAAGGUGUUGGCAAGAGCACAGAAACAGACUGGUAUCCAGGCUACUUCUUUUCGAUACAAGUUUAACAGGGUGGAUCACCUUCUGGAAGUUCUACCCAUUUCCUCCAUGUCCCCAGAGGCUUCAUCAGGACGUUUUCUGUUUGUCUGCGACACCUUUCAUUUGUAGAUGAAUAUUCAUGAGUUUCUGGCAAGACAAAGUUGACUGUUGUGACAAAAAAUGUAUUUUUGUGUUCCUGCUGAUGAAGAGACUACAGGGAGCUUGAAGAGUCCCAGGAAGUAGGUUAGCUGGGCGAGAUGACAGCGAAACAACACCUCUUUUCAUCUCGCUUCACUGUCCAAAAGAACUACAAAUUCACAUUUGAGAAGGGUAACCUAUUUUUUAGACGAUCUGAGGCACUGAAUUGUUAGUGCGCUGCAGACAUUGUGGGUUUCUGUCUACUAAAAUCGUAAAGAUGCUAAAGACUGGAGUCAUAAACCAUGACUUGUAUGCCACCUUCUUAACAUGAUAGCUUAGGCUUUUUUUAUGAUUCUGAUUUGUCCUUUCCAUUUCCAAAAAGAUAAACUGAUCAUCUGCGGCUCAAUACAUAUAACACACAUUUAUAAUCAAUCAAUUGACCAUGGCUACUGUAUAUUGACUGUGAUCAGGUUCAAGAGGCCUACAAUAUGAUGGGGUUGACACAAAGAAGCCUGAAUCCAGCUUUCAGUUGGAGAUGUUUUCCUCUUCAAAAGAAAGUAGCUCGGUGAUGGAUUGCUCUCCCCUGGGAUCCACUGUGAUGUCUGGAGAACCGGGAGACACAGAGGGAUGUGUGCGCGUGUGUGUGUAUGAUUUCUAAAACAAAGUGUGUGUGUCUUGUCGCCUCGAGGUAGAGAUAUGGAACAUGGCCUCUCAGAAUUCAGUAUGCAGCCCUAUAACUCACCUGUCACGAGGGUUAUGCAGCACUAUAACUCACCUGUCACGAGGGUUAUGGAUCCCUAUAACUCACAUGUGACCAGGGUUUUGAUAGUGUUUCUUUUGGAUCCACACAAGCAUUCUCAAACAGGCAGAGACCAUAUGGAUCUUGAAGCUGGACAUUCAGGUAUCUAUGGCCUAGCAUGCUAGAAUAACCUUGGUUUAAAAGAGGCAUUUGUCUAACAUUUUCCCAAAUGGUUUAUUUUGACAUUUGAGAAGGUUUGGUAAAUUGGAAUUAUUAUCAUUUGUUACAUCAUGAUGUUUUGACUAAAUUGAAGACUGCAUGCAUAGACCUAAACAGAUGUUUUGUAGCUAAUGUUGUGUUUUGCCUUUAAAAUGCAGUCAGUGUUUUUACAACCUCUGCAGAACAUGGCAGUUUCUCUGCUUUGAUAUGUCAAUAUCAAUCAAAAAGUUGUUCAAAUGUCAAAGGCCAUUUUGCCCAUGACUGAACUGCAAGCCAAACAUUUUCAAACAGUCUGUCGGUCUGGAGUUUACUGACUCUUACUAGAGCUAUAAUUGGCUGUUGAAUAUACUGUAUACUCCCCAUGCCUCUCCACAAUUUGUACACUCAUUUUUGAUCUAUUGAGACAUCAUACAAUCAAUACUUUCCCAAUGUCACUAAUUAGCAAAUGAUUACCGCCCCCUCCCCCCAAUCAUUAGUUCAUUGUAGUGACAGAGUAAUUACACCUGAACUGAUGCUAUUGUUGUUGUUUUUUUACCUGUAUUUAACUAGGCAUUGUUAUUUAACUAGGAUCGUUGAUGACCUGGUUCUGAAUAGACAUCUUUAAACUCAUAUGUCCCUCUGGUGAGAAGGAAGAGGAGAUACAGUAGACUACUUCAGUCUUUCAGUGGUAUAAAAACAACCCCAAACAUUUCUCUGAAUGGUGAAUUCCUUGAAAUGGUGACUGAGCAUUUUUUUAUUUGACCUUUAGUUUGACCUUGAAGUGGGCUGGUCCAAUGGGAAUGAAAUGUCCUCUGCAAGAGAACUGUUCUGCCAACGAGUCAUUGUUAACUUAUAUAUUGCUGUACACAUUUCUAUUUUCCUGGGUUGGGUGAGUUCUUACUUUCAGUCUCGUUAUUUUCAGAAACACAUUAAAACACUGUGCCAGGGAGAGUUCCAAUGUUUCAACUUAAAUAUGCGUGCUUGUAAAAAAAAAAAAAGGUUUAACUAUAGUUUGUUUUAAUUACGAAAUGAAAAAGGAGGUGUUUGUAUGGUUGUUUACAUAUGCACUCAAUUAUGGGAAAAUAAAACGAUUCAAAAUGUG